AUGGCCCGCGGCGCCCAGAAGCGUGUGUCGCAUGCGAAUGCGCGGGCGGUCGCUACGCUGCAGUAUGGCUUUGUUGUCGCGAAUACGGCGUUUGUGUGCGGUACAUGGCUGUGGCCGCCACGCGCGUGGUGGUGGACGUGGGUGAUGUAUGGCGUGACGGAGCUUGUGGCGGUGGGGCUGGCGUGGCAGCUGCUGGGCAUAGCACGCGCCGGCGACGAUCUGGCGCAGGCGGGCAUGACAGCCUACAUGUUUGACGUCGUGUACCUGACGUGGUUCGUGCAUGUCGGCACGGCUCUGGUGUCGGCGCGCCUGUGGUGGACGUAUGCGGUCAUUCCAGCCUACCUCCUGUACCUGGCCUACAAGAACGUGCUGCCCUAUGUGUGGCCCCAGGCGCAUGCGGCGGCGGCGCCACAGCGACGCGCUACCCGGAGGUAG